CGACAUCCUACAGAGGGUAUAUGUAAGGAAGUUUGCACGCGUAUCAUUCUUUUGCAGAUUUUCGAAUUCUGUGUAGUUCAACUGUUGGACAGUAUUACAUAAAGAGAAUAAAAAAACAUCGACAGUUACUGUUAGACCGCACAAGAUUGUUUCAGGACGUUCAACAUGGGACUGUCGGAAGCUCAAGCUACCUCUGUCAAGGGAACGUGGAAAAAAGUUGCGGAAAACCUAAAGGACCAUGCAGUUAAAAUCUUUGUCAAGUUUUUGAGUGACAAUCCUGAGCAGCAAGCGUUCUUCAAGAAAUUUGAGGUUGUGGCCAAAGAGGACCUGGCUGGAAAUGAGGAUGUAUCAAAACACGCGAUGGUAGUGAUGACGGCUCUGGGCGAAUACAUCGACGUCAUUGAUAAUGCAGACAGCUUGAAGAAAGCUGUGAAACCAGUGGCCGAAAGUCACAAGCCCAGAAAGAUCACCUUGCCCAACUUCCAGAAAAUGUUUCCAGUAAUAGUUGACUACGUGGUGACAAACGUCGACGGCGACAAGGAGGCGUGGACGACGGCUCUGGAAACGAUCGGCACCGCGAUCAGUACACAGCAAUGACGACACAACAUCCAACUUCAUUUAACCAACAAAUUACAAAGACAUUUUUAAAAUUUAGUUGAAUCCAAGGAUACCGUUGAAUCUUGAUCACAUUUUAACAAGAUUGUUGUAGUUGAUCCAAAUACUUAAUCUUGAUCUACGACUUGAAGACUACUUCAGUUUUUUAAUCAUUUGUUCCAUUGAUUGGCAAUUUUUUUAUUCUUGAAUAAUUGUUAAGGAACUAAAGCUGUUGUAUAUACAGUGUUUAAUGUUUAAUUUUGAUCCAAUAAUACUGAAUCUAAGAAAAACUAUUGAAUCUUGAUCUAAAGAAAUCGGACAUUGUUACUUGAAACAAAUUGUUCCUAAAUACUUUACCAAUCUGCCCUGUUAAAAUUGUUUUGUUGAAUUAUUGUAUAAAAUGUUUAUAAUUGCUGAAUCUUGAUCCAGACUUAAAUAUGGAUGUUUAUAAAAAAAACUGUUACUUAAAUCUUAAUCGAAACAUUUGUUAAACAUUUUACCAAUCUGUCCUAAAUUGUUUUGUUGUGAAAUUAAAGCUGUUGUAUUAAA